AUGGAGGAAGCUAGUUUGUGCCUUGGUGUUUCUUCAGCUGUGCCAGAAGCUGACGCCCAUCUCAACAGCACCAUUCUCAAUGGGCAAUAUUCAAUGAGUCAGAAGCUGCACCAGAUCACUUCCCAGCUCAGCCAUGCCUUCCCAGAGCUCCAGAACAGGCAGAAUCCCGAGGAGAAGGCAUCAGUGCCACUAGAAGACAAAAGUCACAUGUCCAUCGCAAACCAGCCCAUCAGCAGCCAGAUGGCCCUGCUGGCAAACCAGCUCAACAGGGAGGUAGACACCAGCUUGAACGGGCGUGUGGACCUGCAGCAGUUCUUAAAUGGACAGAACCUAGGGAUCAUGUCUCAGAUGAGUGAUAUCGAGGAUGACGCCAGGAAAAACCGAAAGUACCCCUGUCCCCUCUGUGGGAAACGCUUCCGAUUUAACAGCAUCCUCUCACUACACAUGCGAACUCACACUGGAGAGAAACCAUUCAAAUGUCCCUACUGUGACCACAGAGCAGCUCAGAAAGGCAACCUGAAGAUACACCUGCGUACUCACAAGCUUGGAAACCUUGGCAAAGGUCGUGGAAGGGUCCGAGAAGAAAACAGACUUUUACAUGAGCUGGAGGAGAGAGCAAUUCUUCGGGACAAGCAGCUGAAGAGCAGCCUCUUGCAGCCACGACCCGAUGUGAAAGCACAGCAGCACACCCAGCCGAUGCCGCUCGCAAACUGUAACUUGUCUGUGCCACCUAAUCACAACACACCUGAUAUUUCAAACCCUGUUCCCUCUCCAAAGCCAGUCAGUGUCCAGGAAGAAGUUGUUGCUCAGACAGCCGGGUUCAGAUGCACAUUUUGCAAAGGCAAGUUUAAGAAGCGAGAAGAGCUGGACAGGCACAUAAGGAUCCUGCACAAGCCUUACAAGUGCACUCUGUGUGACUUUGCUGCCUCGCAGGAGGAGGAGCUGAUCAGCCACGUGGAGAAGGCUCACAUAACUGCAGAGUCAGCACAGGGCCAGGGCUCCAAUGGGAAUGGGGAGCAAUCCACCAAUGAGUUUCGUUGCGAGGUGUGUGGCCAAGUGUUUAGCCAAGCCUGGUUCCUAAAAGGCCACAUGAGAAAGCACAAAGAUUCCUUUGAACACUGCUGUCAGAUCUGCGGGAGGCGAUUCAAAGAGCCUUGGUUUCUUAAGAACCACAUGAAAGUUCACCUGAAUAAGUUAUCUGUAAAGAACAAAUCUCCUAAUGAUCCUGAAGUACCUGUCUCCAUCAGCAGCAUGUCCCAGGAAGCUCAUGCAAACUUGUAUUCAAGAUAUCUGUCAUGUUUGCAGAGUGGGUUUCUUCCUCCUGACAAAGCAAGGUUAAGUGAACAAAAUCAAAUCUACAACAAAGGAGAUAUGCCCAUGAAAGAGAAAGAAGUCUUGGGGAAGCUCCUUUCGCCCAUUUCUGGCAUUGGCCACAGUCUUGCCGAAGGGGAUAAACAUUCUUUAUUGGGCUGUCUCAAUCUGGUGCCUCCUCUGAAAUCCAGCUGUAUAGAAAGGUUACAAGCUGCCGCCAAAGCAGCAGAGAUGGAUCCAGUAAACAGCUAUCAGGCCUGGCAGCUUAUGGCAAGGGGAAUGGCCAUGGAACAUGGCUUUUUGUCUAAAGAGCAGCAGAUACAGCGCAGCCACGAAGACACUUUGGCAAAUGCUGGAGUUAUGUUUGAUAAGGAGAAGCGGGAGUAUGUGUUAGUAGGAGCAGAUGGCUCUAAGCAGAAAAUGCCUGCUGAUUUGGUUCACAGCACUAAAAUGGGCAAUCAGAGAGACUUGCCAAGCAAACUAGACCCUUUAGAAGGCAGUAGAGAUUUUUUGUCACAUGGUAUGAACCAGGGACUCGAUUACAACUUACAAAGUCAUGGAAAUAUAAAAGAAAAACCAACUGAAUGCCCGGACUGCGGAAGGGUUUUUAGAACAUACCACCAAGUGGUCGUUCACUCCAGGGUGCACAAAAGAGACAGGAAAGGAGAAGAUGAAAUAAUUCAAGGUAGUCUCGAUGAGCGGCGUGGGUCUGGAAGUGAUCAAGAGUCUCAGUCUGUCAGCAGGUCGACAACACCAGGGUCCUCUAACAUUACUGAAGAAAGCGGAGUAGGUGGGGGUCUCUCGCAGACAGGGAGUGCUCAGGAGGACAGCCCUCAUCCUUCCUCACCCUCCUCUUCAGACAUUGGAGAAGAAGCUGGGAGAUCUGUAGGAGUCCAGCAGCCAGCUUUACUGAGAGACAGGAGCCUUGGUUCUGCCAUGAAAGACUGCCCAUACUGUGGAAAAACUUUCAGAACAUCCCACCACUUAAAGGUCCACUUGAGAAUACACACAGGUGAGAAGCCUUACAAGUGUCCACAUUGUGACUAUGCUGGUACUCAGUCUGCUUCCCUCAAAUACCACUUGGAACGACACCAUCGGGAGCGACAGAACGGAGCAGGACCACUCUCUGGGCAGAGUGCAGGUCAGGAACACAAGGAUGAGGCACCAAGUAAAAGUUCUGUGUUUAUUAGACCAGACAUAUUGAGAGGAGCCUUCAAGGGACUUCCUGGUAUCGACUUCCGAAGUGGCAUGGUCUCACAGCAGUGGACGUCAGGAAUGCUGUCUUCUGGAGAUCAGCAAGGACAAGCAGCUGGCAUGUCAUCUGAAGGAUCAGAAAAUAUGAAGGGUUCAGACAUAUCUUCCAAAGGAACACACUUCUCGGAACUUGGCCGUGCUUACCAGAACAUGGUCGGGAACGGUGUAAACUUUCAAGGGUCUUUGCAAGCUUUCAUGGACAGCUUUGUCCUAAGUUCUUUGAAGAAAGAAAAAGAAAUGAAGGAUAAAGCUCUCUCAGAUCCACUUUCAGCAAAAGCUCUGGGCUCAGAUGGUGGUGAGGAGAAGAUAAAUAGCAAGUCCUCACAGCGGAAAACAGAAAAGUCGCAGUACGAGCCUCUGGACUUGUCGGUAAGGCCUGAUGCAGCCUCCCUGCCAGGCUCCUCUGUCACUGUACAAGACAACAUUGCUUGGCAUGGCUGCUUAUUUUGUUCCUUUACCACUUCAUCCAUGGAGCUAAUGGCUCUGCACCUCCAAGCCAAUCACUUGGGCAAGGCUAAACGUAAAGACAACAUCAUAGGCAACAACAAAGAGCAGUCUAGAGAAGUUUCAGCCUCGGUGAACAAAGUGAGCUUGGUCCCCUCCUCUGUGCAGUCCAGCAAGGAGGCAGGAGUUUCAAACAUGCUGAGCCAGCUGGACUCAGCUCCUGAGAAAAUGACCCAAGGACAAAAUAAAGAGACCCUGGGAGAGCAAAAGAGCGCUGCCUGGCCCGGCCACGUGGAAUCCACUUUUUGUAAUUUUACAACAGACUUCUAUAAGCAGUUUGGUGUUUAUCCUGGUGUUAUUGGCACGGGAACACAAAAUUCUUGCACCAGUAAUGAAUCCGAAAUAAAAACACAAGCUGAAGAUGACCCAAAUACUCUGCUCUCUGACUCUGUAAAUAAAAGUGCUAUUGAUGACCUUUCUGACAUAGCUUCAUCUGAGGAUAUGGAAUCUUCCAAGGAAGAAAACAUUGAAGAUGAGGACAUUGACACAGAACCAGAUAUUAUGAAUAAGCAGUUGUCUGCCCUAAAUAAAGAAAGCAGUGAAGGAGGUGACAAUAUACAAAGUGCAGUCACCUCACAACCCACACAAGGGCUUGUAUCACCACUGCCACAAGCUUCAGAAAAGCAGUGGCACAGUCAGAAUCUUCUCUCCUCACACGAAACUGCACAAGAAGUGAUGAAACCCGACCAAGUUCAGGGUCCACAGGCCCUGGAGAAGCAGAUGAACAUGUUGUCAGUCCUAAGAGCUUACAGCUCUGAUGGCUUAGCAGCCUUUAAUGGACUUGCAAGUAGCACAGCAACUAGUGGAUGUAUCAAGAGACCUGACUUGUGUGGUCACCGGCCUUUCCAGUGCAGAUACUGCCCCUACAGUGCCUCUCAGAAGGGAAAUCUGAAGACCCACGUGCUCUGUGUCCAUCGCAUGCCUUUCGACAACAGCCAGUACCCCGACCGCAGGUUCAAGCGCUCCAGAGUGGACUCCGAAGCUGCCGGGAAUUCGGAGGAGCCGGCGGCUGCCAAGGCGGGGAGCUCUGCAGAGCUGGCCGAGGAGGGCACCAAGGCCCAGGAGUGA